CUAAAGCGGUUUGACCGGCGUCAGUUUGAAUCAUUCGUUGUUCAUUCUCUCUGGCGGAGAACAAUUGUGAGUAACUCGUUUCUACUUAAAAUAUAUUCUCAAAAUGAGGGAAAUUGUACACGUUCAAGCUGGUCAAUGUGGUAACCAAAUCGGUGCAAAGUUUUGGGAAGUAAUCUCUGAUGAACAUGGAAUUGAUCCUACCGGCUCGUACCAUGGAGAUUCCGAUUUACAAUUAGAAAGAAUAAAUGUUUAUUACAAUGAAGCUUCAGGUGGCAAGUAUGUUCCUCGAGCUAUUCUUUUGGAUUUGGAACCUGGCACCAUGGAUUCUGUGCGUUCUGGUCCAUUUGGACAGUUAUUUAGGCCUGAUAACUUCAUUUUUGGUCAAAGUGGAGCAGGUAACAAUUGGGCUAAAGGUCAUUAUACUGAAGGAGCCGAGCUUGUUGAUACAGUAUUGGAUGUUGUUCGAAAAGAAGCUGAGAGUUGCGAUUGUUUACAAGGUUUCCAGCUGGCCCAUUCUUUAGGUGGUGGAACUGGAUCUGGUAUGGGCACACUGUUGAUCUCAAAAAUCCGAGAAGAAUAUCCAGAUAGAAUUAUGAACACAUUUAGUGUUAUGCCUUCUCCAAAGGUUUCAGAUACAGUAGUUGAACCAUACAAUGCCACAUUAUCUGUUCAUCAGCUGGUUGAGAACACAGAUGAAACUUAUUGCAUUGACAAUGAAGCCCUGUACGACAUUUGCUUCCGUACAUUGAAACUGACCACCCCUACCUACGGUGAUCUCAAUCAUCUUGUGUCUGUUACUAUGUCUGGUGUGACUACAUGCUUGAGGUUCCCUGGUCAAUUAAAUGCUGAUCUCCGAAAACUUGCUGUGAACAUGGUUCCUUUCCCACGUCUCCAUUUCUUUAUGCCUGGUUUUGCUCCACUUACCUCCAGAGGCAGUCAGCAAUAUAGAGCUCUUUCUGUUCCUGAGUUGACCCAACAAAUGUUUGAUGCCAAAAACAUGAUGGCCGCAUGUGAUCCAAGACAUGGCAGGUAUUUAACUGUUGCUACUAUCUUCAGAGGUCGUAUGAGUAUGAAGGAGGUGGAUGAACAAAUGCUCAAUGUACAGAACAAGAAUAGUAGCUACUUCGUUGAAUGGAUCCCCAACAAUGUGAAGACUGCCGUAUGUGAUAUUCCACCUAGAGGACUGAAAAUGUCUGCCACCUUUAUUGGAAACAGCACUGCUAUCCAAGAAUUAUUCAAGAGAAUUUCUGAACAGUUUACUGCUAUGUUCCGACGAAAGGCUUUCUUGCAUUGGUACACCGGUGAAGGUAUGGAUGAAAUGGAAUUCACUGAAGCUGAAUCAAACAUGAAUGAUCUGAUUUCUGAAUAUCAGCAAUAUCAAGAGGCCACUGCUGAUGAUGAAGGUGACUUUGAAGAUGAAGAGCAACCUGUUGCUGAUUAAAAAUUCUAUUUUAUUGGCAUGAACUACAGCUAACAACAAGCUUGUUACAAAGAUACUCAUCUGACUAUAAUUUUUUUUUAUCUUUUGAAAAACUCGAGUUUUUUUUUUUUUUGUUUUUUUUUGCAGAAAGUACUUUAAUUAAAAAGAUUUAGUUAUCAAAACUUAUGAUUGAUUCAAAAGUUUUGUAUUUUCUAUUGAAAAUCCUAAAUUCUAUUGAUGUUUGAAGUUUAUUUUAUUUUUUAAAUAAAAUAUUUUUCAAUUUUC